GAGCCCUACUCACUGCAUGUCCUCCUCGUUGUUCGUCCGGAUAAGUUCCAUGCACUCUGAGUCUGUUCCCGUCACGAGUGCUCACGCAACCGACUAUGGGCGACAUCGAAUGCAUACGUCGAAUAUGUGGCACAAUAAUGAACGCUACUCCUGGUUAGGCAGGCUAUAGAAGACUAGCAGCGGCGGACUUGGACGCGGGCCACUCUCUCACCGACAUCUCUCAGCUCCCCACGCACGCAGAUAUGGGUGCGACGGUCUGGCUGGUCGUGGGCGGCCUGCUUUUGCUCGUCCUGUACAUACGUCUCAACGACGCGAAGCUAGGCCGCAUACCCCCAGAGGCAGCCGUGUUGUCUCCAAAGCGGUGGACGCCGGAAGAGGUCCGACGCACCGUGGACGAGCUUGCUGCAUCGCCGGCAUCUCUGCUGAACGAGAAGCUCCCACCCAAGACCGGGAGACGGUAUAUCAUAACGGGCGGGGCAGGCUUCCUGGGAGGAUGGAUUGUCCUACACCUCCUGGCACGCGGAGAGGAUCCCCGACGCAUCCGCGUCCUGGACAUUCGCCGGCCGAUUCGCAAGGAUCUGCUAGAGGGAGCUGCGACGGAGGUGGACUUCGUCCAGGCGGACGUGUCCGAUGCAAAGGCUGUCCAGGCUGCCUUCGAGAAACCAUGGCCGCCCGCGCAAUCUGACGUUCCCGGUGAACCGCAGCCUGAGAUAACCGUGUUCCACACCGCAGCAACCAUCCGUUUUUUCGAACGGCAUCCCGAAUUGCUCCACCUUUCCGAGAGGGUGAACGUGCUCGGGACGCAGAACGUCCUGGAUGCGGCGCGACGCGUCGGCGCCUCAUCCUUCGUUUACACCUCUUCCGGCUCCAUCUCUGUGCACAGCAGUCGAUUCUUCCUCUGGCCAUGGGAGAAGGAGCCAAGGUACUUUACGCAAGUUGCCAACGACGACGACGCCAUCAUCCCCAAACGGCACGAGGACUUCUUCUCCAACUACGCCGUCUCGAAAUACAACGCUGAGCGCGUCGUCCGUGCGGCGGACAAGUCGCCUUCAGGCAAGGGCGUUCUACGCACGGGCUGCAUACGCCCGGGGAACGGGAUCUACGGUCCCGGUGGCGACCUGCUGGUCGGGGUGUACCUAGUCAAGAGGACGAACCCUACGUGGAUCCCGAACAUCAUCCAGUCUUUCAUCUACGUCGAGAACUGCUCCCUCGCCCAUCUCUGCUACGAAGCCCGGCUCAUCGAGCUCCAGAACGGCGGGACGAACCCAGACGUCGGCGGCCAGGCAUUCUGCGUCGCGGACGCUGGGCCGCCCGCGACGUACGGCGACGUGUAUGACGCCCUCACGCAACUAACUAAUGGCACCUGCGUCUUCCCGAAGCUGUCGUGCUCGACCAUGCUCGGGAUCGCGCACUUGGUGGAGCGGUACAGCCUCUUCCGACACUUCCUCGCGCAGUCGCCACUCGCGGCGCUCACAAAGCUCAUCCCGCGGGUCAGCGGUGACAUCACCUUCUUACAACCUUCAAUGUUUGCCUUGACCGGCAUCCACCUCAUCUUCGACGACUCGCGCGCACGAUCGCCGCCCGAGAAAGGCGGUCUGGGCUACGAAGGGAGGAUCACUACCUUGGAGGGUGUCUGCAAGGUCACCUUGGAGCAUCAGAAGGAUAAUGGAAAAGGAUGGGAGCGAGUCGUUGCGGGUCAUAAAGAGGAAGGUCAUGGCUUCGGCCUGGCGAGGGCUGAGAAGGGCGUGGAGGAAGUCAUCGAGAAAGUCGCAAACGGCGUCGGAGUGGACCCGAAGAAGGUAUUAUCGUAGGCCGGCCUCAGCCAGCAAUUGUAGAGAUCAGAAUGUUGCGACUUUGGUAGAUGCAACGGACAGAACGGGUAGACAUGUCCUCGACGGAUUCGCACUGACAACGUUAAUACCCUGCUUAUUGAUAUCCCUCUCAUGUAGCCCAUCCUUACGAGAUGCCAUGGCAUCGGUC